AUGAAGGCCGUAUUCUUCUCUCUCGCCGCUCUGGCUCUCACUGCCCUUGCGGCUCCCACCGUCCAGGGCAGCACGGCCGUCGGGACAGUCGCCGUCCGCGACAGCGCCGUUGUCGUCGACAAGCGCGACGGCGAGGACGCUGCCGACCUCAUCAAGGCCCUGACGGAGGGCAACAGCAACAUCAAGGACAUCACCGGCUCCAUCAACUCCACCCUCGCCGGCGUCCAGUCCGGCAAGACGUCCAAGGACGAGGCCGCGACGCAGACCACCGACGAUCUGCAGAACCUCCUCGACGAGCUCGCCGGCAUCCUCAGCCAGGUCCUCAACAAGGUCGGCAUCAGCACCACCAAGGGCGAGUUCCAGACCAUCCUCGGCGAGGUCGAGGCUCUGCUGACCGAGGUGCUCUCCACCGUCAAGGUCCUGCUGGCCCUGCUCGGUGCCCUGCCCGCCCUCAACUCCAUUGUGCAGUCCGUCCUCACCCUGCUGUCCAAGAUUCUGAUUACGCUCAUUGCCGCGCUCGGCACCGCCAUCAUCCCCGGUCUGCUCUCGAUCCUGUCGCCGCUCCUGGCCGCGCUCGGCACUGGUCUCGUCGGCCCCCUGCUGUCAGUCGUCGCUGGCCUCGUGGCCGGCAUUGCUCCUCCCACCGGUGUUUAA